AUGGUUCGUGAUAAGAAAUUUAUUGAUGAAAAUGAUUUAAAGCAAAAUAUCAUUGUUUAUAUGCGACGAUUAAAUCAAUUUAGGUUUAAUAUUCGUUCAACUAUGUUGCUAAAAGAUCAAAUUGAUUUACCAACAAAUGAAGAUAUUGAACAUUCAUAUUCAAAAGGAUGUUCGUCAAAUAAAGAUACUUCACUAACACAUCGAAAUAAUCCACCUGGAAAAUCAGUUGAGAUAUUUUCAUAA